UUCUGUGCUGAACCGAAUAAAUAGAUAUUUGUUAGCAUAAAAUCGACCCGGUUCAAAUCUACUUAGACACCGUUUCUGUGACGCAAUGUAAACAAGUUGAUAUGUGUAAUCGCUUGGGAUUUUCAUCCCUACGUGUAUUUCUGGGAAGGAUUGUGAUAUAAAAAUGGAAUAGUAAGUUUGAGAAGUAAGUGACACGUUUUGAUGAUAUAUUUGUUUGUUUCAAAUUGUCUUUUUUAUGAUAUAAAUGUACGAAACAGUAGCGAACCGGUUAGCAGCCGACGCAAGUAUGUAACUAAUUUGCACAAUGACGUCAUCCUUUAGGAAGACAACACUAUAUAUAUACUUGAAUUGAAAAUGAAAAGGCAAGUAUAUCCUAAUAAAGACAAAAAGCGUUGUAAAAAGUGGAAUAAUUUACAUCUGAAGACGGCUACUGUUUAUUUUAUAUAGAUCUACUGUGUAUAAAUAUAUUCAUAUCUGGAUGUGAAUGUGUAGGUUGAUUAGCAUAAUGGAUAGCACACUCGCUUGUCACGCCGUCGACCCGAGUUCGUAACCUCAGUGGAAUAUUUUAUUUUUUUUAUUGUUUCUGUUACAAUCUCUUUUUUGUUUACUCAGAAGAACUGAAAUUAACAAAAUUUGGAAAUUAUUAAAAUGUAUGCAUUACUUUUUCUUUGCAGAAUGACGAAAUAUUACAACUGCAUUGUUUGCAACAAAAGAACCAAGCCUAAAGAAAGAAGAAUUAUAAAUUCCUCAGCCAGAAAAUACUUACAACAUCAGUUACUUAUUACCAACAUUUCAGAGACUGAUAUUAUCUGUAACAAAUGUAAACAUCGGUAUUACAAGGCAGAGGUUAAAUCAGCUUGUAAAAAUGUAACAGGUCAGGUAAAGGAUCCAGACUUUGAGCCGCCAUUAAGAUUAUCAAGACCUACAACAGAUUCCAGUCCACCAUCAGUGUCCUUAGGUAUACCUGGAGCCCCUAGUACACAUUCCAGAUGUAUUGUAUGUAAAAGACCAGGGCCAAAACUCAUUGUUGUUUCACAAAAUGCUAGGUUUUGGGCAUUUAUUGACAAAAACAUAUUGAUUCGGGCUGGUUCAAGAUGUUGCCCAGUUCAUGUCAACAGUGAUGGGAAUAUACUGCCAGAAUUGUUAGAAAAAAAUCUUGUGACAGAGCAGUCAAUGUUGAAUAGAACCUCAAUAGCACAGUUGGUGCAACAGAUGAGGCAAGUUUGUCAGCAGCACAUGGAUAGUUUUGAUAACAUCAGAGAUGAAGACUGUAAACAUAUGACAGGUUUAUCUAGUGCUCAGUUUGAGGAUUUGUGCCGGCAUAUUCUGGAUAAAGUUAAAAGUACACCAUCCAGAUCACCCCGUAUGUCUGUUGGACUGUUUUUGUUUAAACUGAAAUCAGCUUUGUCAAACCAACUGUUAGUAACUAUUUUCAGAAUAAGAGUUUCCAGUGUAAGAAGAGCAGUUUCAACCGUGCGCAAGGCAUUGAUGAGGUCGUUUGUACCAUUAUACCUGGGUCUUAAAUCUGUCACACGUGAGCAGAUCAUCAACAAGCACACACGUCCCCUGGCAAAGUCACUGUUUGGUGUUGAUGACAAUAGUAUGAUACUUGUAUUAGAUGGCACGUACAUUUAUAUACAAGAAAGUAAUAACUUUUAUUUCCAGCGCCAGUCAUAUAGCAUACACAAGUCCUGACCCCUGGUCAAACCAAUGGUUGUAGUAACUUCAACAGGACACUUUGUGACAAUCAUGGGUUCUUAUAUUGCUUAAAACAAUGACGCAACGAUAUUAAAUUACAUGUUAAAGAAAAAUGUGGAAGAUAUAAAGUCAUUCUUGAAAGAAGAUGAUGUAAUUGUUAUUGACAGAGGUUUUCGUGACUCGGUGUCCAUUCUCGAAGAUAUGGGCAUACGAGCUGCCAUGCCAACUUUCAUGAAGAAGGGAGAAAAGCAGAUGUCAGCGGAAGAUGCCAAUAUGAGCAGAUUGGUCACUAAGAUAAGAUGAGUGGUAGAGUCAGCUAAUUCCCGCAUUAAAAGGUACAAGUACCUUGACAAGGUACUUCCUACUAGUCAAGUUCCUUUUAUUGGAGACUUCGUAAAAAUAGUUUGUGCCAUCUCAAACAAGUACUUCCCUGCACUAAGUGGAUCAACCAUUGAAGAUGAAGAUGCAACACUAGCAGACCAUAUGCGAGAAUUAUCCAUGGAGGUAAAUACGCUGAAGGAAUUUGUUGAGGACAACCACUUGGACCGAAGAAAAACCCAAUGGACUGCAAUUGAUGAAACUGAUUUUGAGAAUUUUCCUGUGUUGACUGAUGAGCAGUUGAGAUCAUUAACAUGUGGUGUUUACCAGCUGAAGUUAAGUUCUUCAUAUAUCCAAGAAUACAUUGAAGGUGACUCUGCAAUACAUGCUCACAAGUUGGAUAACAAUUUGCUGUCAGUUAGAAUUCAAAGUCGACAUAUAUCAUCAAAGAAGUAUAUGCUGUGGAUAAGAUAUAACGGUAAUGCUGUAACGGCAUGGUAUUGUAAAUGUCGAGCUGGCGCGAGAGUUGUUGGUGUCUGUUCUCACAUUGCUGCUGUUGUAUGGUACCUUAGUAGUGCUAGGCAUGAUCCGAAUCGUGUGUCGUUUGGUGUUAGAAACUGGGGUCAGUACCUGACUGAUGCAAAUGAAUUACCAGAAUCAAUAGACUCUUCUGAUAUUGGUUCAGUGGCUAGCAGUUUAGUAGAAGAAUGAAUGAAAAUAGUCUUUGCAUAAUAGCCAUGUAUACAUAUUGAUUUGUUUUAUCAGUGAAAAAGUAUAGGCAGGAGUUUAGGUAAUGUCCUAUGUACUUUUGAUGUAAUAAUUCGCAUCCAAAAUACUUCCUAUAUUUUUUUCACCAAUAAAAUACAGCAAUGUAUUUAAAAUUUAAGUUCUAACACCACAAGUUAUUUGAAAAUAUCCUAACCACAUGUAUGUUGAAGUACUUCAUUACGACAUAAAAACAGAUAGACAUUGGAUGCGCUUGUUUCAUAUGUUAUGCUGCGAAGCACAUGCGGCACACAUUGUUCCCAAAGAAGCGUAUUAUAUUUUAUUUAAGAAAUAAUUUAUAGCAAAACAGUGCUUUAUCACUAUUUAUACACAAUGGACGGUUAUACGUCAGACGUAACUAUUUCGGACGACGUAUAACCGCCAGAGUGUAUAAAUAGUGAUAAAGCACUGUUUUGCUGUAAAUUAUUUCUAUUCUAAUAUGUCUUUAUCGUAAAAUUUAUAUCAAAUAUGAUGGAACUGUUUCUUAGCUCAAGCAUGGCGCCAUUAGUAGGAAUUCAUUGAAACACGCCAAGACCGGAAACGGUAAUACGUCUUGCGGCAGAAUUCAUUUCGAGCGAAAAUUAUUGCGAAUUAUUCAGAAAAGCGAAUAACUAAUUCAGUAUGUGUAUAAAUUAAUCAAAACAUAUGUGCAAUGUGACUAUUGGUUUAAAACAUGUUAUUAAGUAAAAUAUUCCAUGAAAUUUGAAAGCGCAAUUUCUUGAUGCGUACAUGGCGCUAAAUAUCACGUUGUGACGUCAACAUAACAUCGUUGUGAUGAUAAAAGCAUUGUUAGCCAUAUUAGAAUGUACAAUAAUUAAUAGGUGAUUUUCUUAUACCUUUUAUAAUAAAUGUUUCAGGUCGUGUUAGAAUAAGUAUUAAAAUUGCUUUUCAAAAUUUAAGAAUUCCAUUUUGGUUACUACCUGUAAGCUUUGUUGAAGUUAUCACUUUACUCUGCUAGUUAAGGUAUGUGGGUUCGAAUAUUUUGUGAGGCUAACAAUGUUUCUAUUCUACAUUGUUUAGAUAGAAAAUGUUAAGUUUAAAAGUUAAGUCCAUGAGAAAAAAGUCCGAACUUCACCAAAGCAUAGAAAGAAAGAAUUGUUUUACAUGAAAAUUAUACAGUAUAUAAAGAACUUAUAUUAUUCUACAAAAUCAUUGUCAAUUUAUUCAUAUCUCUAUAUUGAAUUCCGUUAAGGGACUGCAUGAAGAUACCACACUUAUCGACAGUUCAACACCUUAAAAAAACUCACCAUUUUUAAAAAAAUGUUACAUGUCUCCGUGUUGAUGCAUUUGCAACAAUGUACCUGUACUAAAACUUAACCCUUACCAUCCUGGACACGGCAGAUCUUGCCUAUGUGGCCAGUGAAUAUCAUGGUCAGCCUGCACGUCCGUGCAGUCUGAUCAUGAUCUGCACUGUUAACUAUUCAACCAGUAUCUUUUUGGUAGACACCCCUUUUAACAGUUUAUGGCACUGUCCAAAUUGAAAGAUGGACAAGUUCAUUAUAGAAAUUUAGCAUGGUAAGGGUUAAUUGUUUUUUGACAAUUGUUUACAUUUUUUUUUACACGUGGCAUUCCUUUUUAAAGGGAGCAGUUCAUUGAAAAUAUUUUAAGUAUCCAAUUAUACGGGACAGAAUGGAAAAUAUAUUUAACAGAUAUGUUUUUUUUUUUUUAAGAUAUUGUUUGUUUUCUAAAAAAAUCUGUAGUUUUGUGAUACACUGCUAAACUUUAAAUGCACGUCGCAACUAAUAAAUGCCAUUUUAGAAAGUUAUCAGGUCAUGUAAGAAAGUUGCUGUGUAAUGUUAGAAAGUUAUUACUUAUCAUAUUAUGUUAUAAUGUCAGAAAGUGUUCAGUCGUUUGCGGAAAACUUUGGUAGUACUUGGUGGUAUUAGACUUUGACCUUGACAUUAUCCAUUUCUAGAUAAGAACUACAGAAGUUGAGGUGUUGCACAAAAUAUUCUCACGAACUGUAUAUGAAAAUUGUCGACAUGACUAUGGCAUAUUUUUAUGAGAUUCAGAUUUUAUGCUUUUUUAUUAAUUAAAAUGUUAUUUAAAUCUCGAUAGUUGUCAUAGUAACAGACUUUGGUAUGGCUCAAUGUCUAUUGAAUAUAUCUAAUUGUAUAUGUAUUGAAAUAAAUAGUAGAUUGCUACAAACUACUGUUAAAUGGGAUAUUCAAAUACAUGUUUCAUAUCAUUUUAAUGCCAGUGACUCUAUCUAUGUAAUAUAUAAGUGGGUGGGGUAAUUCAUAAGAUCAGCCUUUUCUAUUUUGCUCUGAAAAGGUAAAUUUUGCAAAUAACAUUAGGUGUUGUAAUGAAAUAGACAUAUUUUUAUAUUUUGUUGCAUGUGAAUUGCUGUCUUGCCUAAAUUAAAAAUAAUGGACAACAGA